CACAUCUAGGAAGGAGGAGGUCUACGUGAGGGACGAGUGGAAGUUCAAGAACAUUAGUCAAGAAGAAAAAGAAGAGUGACGUGUGGAAAUAUAUCAAGACGAGUUUCGACGAUGAUUGAAAGCAGCAUGAUUAAGCAUGGUCUUCUCUUAGUAUGUCUAUUUAUUGGUUAUCGAGAUGUGCUCGGACAAAGAGAUUGUCGACAAAUUCGGCGACGGUGCCCGUACGGUAGUCGGCGGGGCCCGUUUGUGACACCUACGGUCGAACAUGGGAUAAUCGUUGCGCCAUCUUAAGGGCACAAUGCAACGAUCCGUACCUCUACGUACAGUUUGCCUAUGCGGGAAACUGUGUGGAUCAACAGAUGAGACAGAGGCAGACGAUCUACCCAGGUUCCUUUGCUUCAGCAACGCAUAGCAGCGAGGAGAUGAGUACCGAGGUAAUAUUACCUACACAACCAACAAUUCGAGGAACUACAAUCAUGACAAUAGCACCAACAAAUAAUCCUACCCUCGCACCGGAUGGGGUCAUGCCUUACCCGUGCCCCCUCCUGUGUGCUCCGAGCACCGACCAGGUCUGCGGCAGCGACGGCUUUACCUACGAUUCCGUGUGCCAUAUGAGGUUGGAGGCGUGUCGAACCCGAGAUCGAUCCCUGGUCGUCAACUACAGGGGACCUUGCCAAUGCCCGGAGGCGUGCCCGAUGGUCUACGAGCCAGUGUGUGCCAUGAGCACAAGACCAGGCUUCCCGAAUCAUAGGACCUUCACGUCCCAAUGCGAGAUGCAAAAGGACGCAUGUCGACAUAGUGAUAAGUCGAUGACGAUGUCUUAUCGAGGAGAAUGCGUCGCCGACUUGCAAGGACAGUGUAACUUUCCAUGUGAUCCGCUCUACGAACCAGUGUGCAGCACCAAGAACGUGACAUAUCGAAGUCAAUGUGAACUGAGCCGACAUAAAUGUAUUACCCAGGAUACGACAACAGAUGUGGCUUACAUAGGGGCAUGUCCACAUGCACCGAUAAGAUGUCCGAACCUGUGUAAACCAUCUCGAGAUCCUCACUGUGGCAGUGAUGGGGUCACGUAUCCUUCGCUGUGUGAGUACGGGGUAGCUGCUUGUAAAGACCCCACCCUGCGGCUCAGAUACAAAGGACCAUGUGUACCUGGUACUGCAGACCCUUGUUCUCGGAUAUGUGAUAGUUUUGAAGACCCUGUAUGCGGUACGGACGGACAGACUUACUGGAAUCCGUGUCUUCUCCAGCUAGCCUACUGCAAUAAUCCAUCAAUCACGUUAGCCUACCGUGGGAUAUGUAUGGGUUCUACCAGGAGUAACCGAGCCCGUCAUGGUUAUGUCAAACCAUACUACACAGCUUAUGGGUCCAAGAAUCCAUAUACCGGAUUCCCAUAAUAAGAGACUCGUCUCCAUGGUGCCUUAUUGACCUCCUUGAGUAUUUUCUCCAGAAUAUUAUUCUGUUCUUCUAUACGACAUAACACAGGGGCCUUGAAAUGCUUAUGAAAUUUAAGAUCUAAGAAUGGUGUUAAUUCAUAUUGAUUGUGUUGUUGAAAGAACUUUCUUCUAUUCAUUUCAUUAUGGUUUAUUAUUUGGUGAAUAUGGGCUACUUGUCAUCAAAUUAUGGUGUAAAUUUCAGGCCCAAGAUAUAUUGUUUGAAUUAAACAAGUUUGGGCUGACCCAGAUGUGGGGGGGGCUGAACCUCCAACACGCACAUAAUUUUUCUCACGUAAAUUGGAGGGCUGAAGCCUUUGGCUGAAGCAAUGCCCCACGGGGAGGGGGGGUCAACGGUCCCUGGAAUGUACGCACGUGAUAUUCACGAUGUCAAGGCAAGAGGAACCAAUAACUUCAUUUGGGAGCUGAAUAAUAAUUGAUAAAUAUGGUCAGUUAUCUGUUAGUUUCAAACACAACAAAAAUGACAAACAAGAGCACGCUAUCAUAAUAGUUCAAGUCAUACACUAAUGUUUAUGGUAAACGGCAACUUGUUUUGGUGCCCUAGUAUUGUCAUGUACUUUUACAAAUGAAGUGGC